UUCAUGGUGAUAAAAUAAGGCCUAAAUCUUCCUUACAAUCAUGUUUUUCGCCAGCUACAACAUCGGGCCGGGUGAAAAUAAUGUUUCUUCAGUGACUGAGUGACUGAGUACAUGAGUGUUCAGUUUCUUGUCUUGUCUUGUCAAUGAAAAUUUACGAACGAAGCCAGUUCCUCCGGCGCGAAAGUUUCGGCAACGGUUUGAACCCUCGAGUAUGUUGCGACUGAAGUGAAGUCCUCUUAGUUAGGAUGAAACCCGAACAGGGCUUCGUGGAAGUAACGGCCGCGAAGCUACCAAUGCCCUGCUAGCCUGGUGUGAACGCUGCAAGACAUGACUGGUUGACGUUUUUGAGAAGAAUUCUCUGUGGUGCUAGAGAAGAGGGUAUGCUGCUGAAGGGAUGCUAGUCCGGAGAAGAGAACCUCGCUACUGUUGUGUGUUGGUAGCUUGCUGUUGCGCUGUUGCGCUCCUUUUGAUCCUGCGAGCGACAAUACGAGUAUUGAGCGAAGUGCAAUGUUCCGAGUCGGAGUUGAACACACAGCCGGGCAGUCCAGGAGAUGUGGUUGUCCUCAAAGGAGAGAAGAACGCCGGCUGGCGGGAGCUUCUCACGGCCACCGCCUUCACUCGCAAUUAUUGCGGAGUGAAGAGUUUGUGGCACGGUGGUGACUUUGUCCUGUCGGGUAACAUGGUGGUGAGUCAAGUCACGGACCCAAUGCAAGUCUCAAGUCUAGGAUGGUGGCUAGCCCAUGCCAAAGUGGACAUGAAGUUUCGCUGCGAAUACAGCAGGGAGCGAGCCUGGGACCUUGCAGAGCCCGAGUGGAGGCCUUCCGAUCGAGUCUCGCAACCUGACGAUGACCGAGGAAUUCGGCCUGCAGUGAACUUAGCAGAAGGGAUUGCCCGACCGUUGAGUGAGCCGUACUACAGUCAACAAGGUCACCAGCAGACCUGCGCACUUAUCAUGGCCAACACAUGCAGUCCGAAUAGGAUACAUGCCUACUAUCAGUACAUUGGGGUAAAGGAGGAUUUCGAUGGUGCAACCCAUUAUCAGCUCUCACUCCUGGCCAGCACAAUUCAUGCAACACGACAUCCUGCCGCUGAGGAUCAUUUGCUCGGGAUGCUCGCUCUGGCUCUAUUUGCUGAUGGCACCCAAGUAUCUAAGAAAUUACACAUUGAAGAAGGCACAUAUGCAUACACUAAAUUCACAGCGAUCAUGGUCCUUCCAACCGGAAAGACCGUCUCAGCGUUUCUCCUGAUGGUGGGUUGCUAUGGAUACAGCGGUCACAUGAGCAUCAGCAAUGUGGCAGUUCGGGCAAUUGUGGCUGGAUAUGUUGUCAAGGCCCUGCGGUCACAGAGCAGAUGGCAAAGCUCAUACGUACCCGCUACCUGUCCGCCAGUUCUGCACUCGUUCAUUCCAGCGAAGAGUCAAGAAACCGAGUUGCGGCAGUGGACGUUGUACACACCGGUGACACAGGUGAGCCCGGAGACCGUGACACUGGUGACACAGGCAUCGCUGGAUCGUAUCGACGUCGUGCAACGUACUAUGCAGCACUGGCAUGGUCCAGUGUCUUUGGUUCUGUACGUUCCCAACACAUCAACCCUUAGCGAACCGGACCUGGAGUGGAAAAAGAUUUAUGUCAAGAAGAAACUGCAGAGCAUUGCGAUCAUCACAAUGUGCUCUGUUCGGAUUGUCUUUGGGCAGUCGGCGGGCGAAGAAUAUCCAAUCAACGAGCUGAGAAAUAUUGCCAUCAGACACUCUCCAACAGAGACUAUUUUCUUGCUGGAUGCCGAUUUCGUCCCAUCGCCAAACUUUAACAGGACAUUCUGGGCAUCAGUCUCAUCAUGGUUCAACAGCAGUGAGUACAAGUCAAGUCUAGUGCAGAAUCGUCUGGACAAAACUGCGUUUGUUGUUCCGGCGUUUGAGUUUGAUACGCCACCCAGGGAGGAUGUGUCUGUUCCAAUGUCGAAGCAGGAGCUUGUGAAGCUGGUACAAGAGCCUGGAAGCAACUUUGAACCGUUCAAGUACCACAACGCCCCUCUGUCGCACAAGCCAGUUGACUACCCAGUCUGGUACAUGGCAAGUGAACCAUAUACAAUCACAACAUACCAGGAUAAAUUUGAGCCAUACCUGGUACUGAGGAAGACACAAGCAAUGCCAGCGUAUGACGAAUCCUUCCGUAGCUACGGCAUGAAUAAAGUGUCUCACACGAUUGAGCUGUCCGUUGCUGGGUACCAGUUUGUUGUGUUGCCGAACGCCUGGGCAGUGCACCUCCCUCAUCACGAAUCCGCUUCUUCAAAGAAGUUCAUGCAGGACCCAUAUGAAAGGCUCAAGAAUCGUCUGGUGCGUUUCCAGUUCAUUCUGGCGCUGCAGCACAAGUACAACCUGACCCAGUGUGUUACAGCUGCAGCCUCUGCUUCUGUUACUGGUCUUCAGCAUGAUGGUGAUAUUAGCAAUCCUGGUUCAAGCUAGCCGGUUCUGUGAUUGGACAAGGCAAAUACACUUGGUCAGUGGCGCAGAGACGCUGAGGCCUAGAACAACAUCCGUGAAUAGGUGCCAAUGUCAGCUUACCGUUGAACCUGGCUCAUCGUGACUAGCAAAACGGUUGCGUCCGCGACUGCAAGGGGAAGUAUUCGUGAAAAGGGCGCUUAACAUACCCUGAAUUGCACGAGUUUUAACCUCGGUUGCCAGCUCCGCACAGCUGUCGGUGAGAACUUUGGAACAGCAUCAGUCCAAGACGAGCCAUUUUCAUUUUUCACCUGUGUUUGUUAUUGGGUGUACUGGGCGUGCAAUGCACAAGAUCAACAUCACCUUCCCACAUCACUAUCCUCUACCCCACUCGGAGACGAGGGAUUGAGGAUCUUUUUACCAGAUGGGAGGCAGUCUUUGGCUAUGCUCACCUCAAACUCGAACAUUCAAGAAACGCAAUUCACGACAGUAACUUGAUCUGACCUCGACUGGAAGCUAUAAAAAAUAGAUAUAGACAUAUUCUCAAGCUUCAAGACCGUCAUCAUAUUCCUAUUAAACCCAGAAUUAUGGCAUGCACCAGACGCAAUACGUCCCAAUAAUAUUAGCAUUAACAUACUGCAAUCACCGA